CGAAUCGUUCACUCACGAGCCAACACUACCUCGCGCAGGUAAGCACCGAAAGCGAGCCCGAGAAGCCCACUUUCGCUUCAAAUAACCAAACUACAUGGAGCACAAACGACUUCAAGAAAUGUCUCAAACUGUUCCCCGUCAUCACAGAGUGACACUGCUAUUCUGAUGUUUGGAUAAAAUGGCUGAAAAAUGAGACCUGGCCAGGUGGGACCGAACUGGAGAUGUUGGCUGACAUGGACAACACCGGCAGCUAUGACAGCGGACAAUCUGCUUUCAGCGAUGAUAGUCUGGAGCAUUUGUCUGCCGAGGAGAAAGCCUGCCUUAUGUUUUUGGAAGAGACCAUCGAGUCUCUGGACACCGAGGACGACAGCGGACCCGCCGACGAUGAAGCGGACCUCUUGCCUGACCCUGGCUGCUUGGCUUCUCGACUAGCGCAUCUAUCAGCCUCCAUGAGCAAAAGCAAGCUCAAUGGUCUGCAAAAGCACAAUGCUUUGGAAACCAUCAGGGAGAAAGUGGAGAACAAAGCCAUCCAGAACUAUCUUGUACCAACACCUUUUGUUUUGGCGAGCGCCUCCAAUUGUGAACCAAGCGUGAAAGCUGGAAUUCAACUAAACAAGAAAUCGCUUUCAUUGAGCCAAAAGCCUGCCGGUGUUCACGAGGUCAACACUAUGAAACCUCCCGCAAGCAAAGCCAAGGACCACUUUGUGAAGACCGGCGAAAGGGGACCUUUAUCCUACGAUGCACUUGUCUACCUGCGGAGGAGCGCCUCCACAAAGAAAACACCUUUAUGUCCCACAGUUGAUCACACCAUAGGCCCUCCUGUCAUCAUAGAAGAUCCAAACACUGGAAAUGUGGGAAGGCUUGACAGAGCCAUCUCCAAGGUGAGCAGAUUUAUGCCAGGCCCGCCGCCUGUUGUACCGAAACUCCCCAAGAUGUCUUCACAUAUCUCCGCGAAGAGAGAGAAGAAAGCGACCCCCGCCCCCAACUCCUCGUACAGUCUCAAGAACGCGACAGAUCCCAAAGUGGUGAGACGGGAAGCUUUGGAAAAGUUAGGCCUCCUCAAAGACCAACGCUCAGAAACGACUCAAGUGGAGCUCCCAAAGUCUUAUUUGUCUGCGGGCAACGGUUUUUCAAAACGACUCACAAAUGUAAGUCCGUUGAGAAGUCCGUCUUUUUGCCAGGCUCCGGCACCCGUUCCUGGGCCUAGGAACAAGGGGCUGCAGAGCAGUGCUAGUUUCCACCACGACUCCAGGGCCACCUCGCUUUCUCGUCGUCCCAACCAACUCAACAGAUUGAAGGUGGCCAGUCCUGAGCUGGUCCUGGUCAAGCAGAAAAAUGACAUGAAGCAUUCAGAAGUAAAAAGUGUCAUUGAGGAUCCGCCAGUCGCCCCCAAAGCCUCAGAUUGUGUGACGUACACAGUAAUGAUGGUGCCCGGAAUGGACGCCGACAGGAAAGAGGCGCUCAGGAAGUUGGGACUGCUCAAGGACAAGUGA